AUGCCAUCUUCAAUCCCAAUCAUCGACUCCCACAUCCAUCUCUUUCCGGAAACCCACCUGUCCACUCUUGCCUGGCACAGCGCAGACAAUCCUCUCGGCUCCCAAUACUCAGUAGAUCAAUAUCGCAUUGCAACUUGUUCUACCCCAACAUCAACCUCCUCCUCUUCUGAAUCGGGAUUCUUCCUCCGCGGCUUCAUCUUUAUCGAAACCGACCGCCUCUCUUCUAUAGAGGAGAGCUCCAGUCCAGGAUGGGGAUAUGCGCUUGAUGAAGUCUCUUUUCUCGUGCGCGUUGUGUGUGGAGAGCCUCUUCCUGGAGAAGGGCAUUCGUACGAGGAUAAACGACUAUGUCUAGGGAUCGUCCCGUGGGCUCCUGUUCCCGCAGGCGCGGAAACGUUGGAGCGGUAUAUGAAGUUGCUCGAGGAGAGGACUGGAAAGGAUGUUUUUCGGAGGAAAGUAAGAGGGGUGAGGUAUUUGGUGCAGGAUAAGCCAAGUGGGACGAUGUUGAGGGAGGGGUUCGUGGAGGGAUUGAAGUGGUUAGGAAAGAAGGGGUUGGUGUUCGAUUUAGGAGUCGAUGCGAGAUCAGGCGGGUUGUGGCAGUUGAGGGAGGCCGUGAAGAUGAUGAAAAGAGUUUAUGCGGAUGUGAACGAAGAUGAAGGGGUGGUAAUUGUUAUAAACCACCUCUGCAAACCCAACCUUCGCCUGCCAUACACCUCUCGCGAGUCCAUAACCUCCCAUCAUGAAUUCGUGGAAUGGGAGAGUCUCAUAACGACCAUGUCGACACAUCCUAAGACAUACAUGAAGUUAUCUGGUGGCUUUUCUGAACUUUCUCCCCUCUCCUUCAAUAUAGAGCCGGAUAUUGAUUCGCUAGUGAAGCGAAUCAGUCCAUGGACGGACGCGGUUUUCGAGGCAUUUGGUCCCGAACGAGUUAUGUUCGGAUCGGAUUGGCCGGUAUGUAAUAUUGGCGGUGGAGGGAACGAGGUUUCGUGGCAGAGAUGGAAGAACGUUGUGGAAGCUGUGUUGGAGAGGAGGGGCUUGGAUGAGGAACAGAAGAGGGGCGUUUGGGGGGAUGUGGCUGUCAAGGCAUACGGGAUUGGACUCUGA